AGAAAUAUAACCUGUAAAAUUGCAGCCUCUCCUUUCCAAACCCGAUUCGAACGUGAGUCGUGUGCGGAAAUCGUGGUUGCGUGUGAGUUUUACAUGCCCACCGGAAUAGCGGACACGGAAAUUGUGUGGCGCUAAUAAAAUGACGAAAUGUAGCGACUACAUCGAGACGGAGUUUCCACAAUUGGAUGGCGAUUUAAAGCAAUAUGUUCAAGACGUGUUGAAAAAUGGUGCUGACGACUUUCAAGACGCCGAGGAAGUAUACGACGCCGUCGGCGAAGUGUUGCUACAGGUGUCUCUUGAUAAAACUGAAGAUGACAUAUGGAAUAUAUGUGCUCAGCUUCUGAAGUUACUAAAACCAAAAGGCAAUGAUAAAAAUGGACCAACAAAGGUGCUCAAUGCACCUAUACAUCUUGGAUCAAUGGCUGCCAAUCAAGAGACCAAUAUUGAUGAUGUCAAAAGCAUAUGGAUGAUGCAGAGGGAUGAGAGUUUAAAAGUUGAUUCUAAAAAAUUAGAAAAAGCCCAAGCAAAACUCCAAGAAAAACAAGAAAAGCGUUCUAAGGAUCAAUACAAACCAGCCACAGCACCAAAACUAGAAAGUGCCACAGCCUCACAAGUAACCAGUAAGAAGGAGAUCAAAUUGGAGGCGAAGGGAACGAACAAAACGACAGACAUCCGCAUCGAAAACUUUGACAUUGCUUACGGAGAUCGUGUUUUGUUGAGCAACGCGGAUGUAACACUUGCAUUCGGUCGGAGAUAUGGUUUGGUCGGACGUAACGGUCUAGGAAAAACAACGCUGUUGCGGAUGAUAUCCGCUGGUCAACUGCGCAUUCCGAGCCACAUUAGUAUUCUGCACGUGGAGCAGGAAGUCAUCGGAGAUGAAACUAUAGCACUUAACAGUGUUUUAGAGUGUGAUACAGUAAGAAAUGAUUUGUUGAAGCGCGAGAAAGAGUUAAACGCGAUGAUAAAUUCAGGUUCAACAGAUCCAGCGUUGUCUAAUGAAUUAAGCGAAGUAUACGCUUCACUUUUAAACAUUGAAGCUGAUAAAGCCCCGGCGAAAGCGUCGAUUAUCCUAAACGGUCUUGGAUUUACUACGGCUAUGCAAGCUGCAGCUACGAAAACUUUCUCAGGUGGUUGGAGAAUGCGUCUUGCGCUCGCACGCGCUUUGUUUUCACGCCCGGAUUUAUUACUGCUUGAUGAACCGACGAACAUGUUGGAUAUUAAAGCCAUCAUUUGGUUGGAGAAUUACCUGCAGAACUGGCCCACUACGCUGUUGGUGGUUUCUCACGACAGGAACUUUUUGGAUACAGUGCCUACGGACAUACUGUAUUUACACUCGCAGCGUAUUGAGCCGUAUCGCGGAAAUUACGAGCAAUUUAUUAAGACGAAAACUGAAAAUAAGAAUCAGCAGCGCGAGUAUGAAGCUCAGCAACAGCAUCGUGCACACGUGCAGGAGUUCAUCGAUCGGUUCAGAUACAAUGCGAAUCGGGCGUCCAGUGUGCAGUCGAAAAUCAAAAUGUUGGAAAAACUGCCAGAAUUAAAACCAAUUGAAAAAGAAGUCGAUGUGGUGUUAAAGUUUCCUGAUACAGAACCUCUUUCUCCGCCGAUUUUACAACUCAGCGAAGUUGCCUUCAGAUACAACACCGCUCGGUUGAUAUUUGCCGAUGUUAACCUCAAUGCAACACUAGAGUCCCGUAUUUGUAUCGUUGGUGAUAACGGUGCUGGUAAAACUACAUUGUUGAAGAUUAUUAUGGGCAUGUUAACACCUACCUCAGGUAUGCGGCAUGUGCAUCGUAACCUCAAAUUCGGAUACUUCAGCCAGCACCACGUGGAUCAGUUGGAUAUGAAUGUGAAUUCGGUUGAGUUGCUGCAGCAGAGUUACCCUGGUAAACCGUCCGAAGAGUAUAGAAGGCAGUUGGGUAGUUUUGGCGUGUCAGGUGACUUGGCACUGCAGACUGUUGGCAGUCUUAGUGGAGGACAGAAAAGUCGUGUGGCGUUCGCGCGGAUGUGCAUGGGGAUGCCUAACUUCUUGGUUCUUGACGAACCGACGAAUCAUUUGGACAUCGAGACGAUAGAGGCGCUUGGAAAGGGAAUAAAUAAAUAUAAUGGUGGUGUAAUACUUGUAUCGCACGACGAGCGCCUGAUUCGAAUGGUGUGCAAGGAGCUGUGGAUCUGUGGUAAUGGCUCCGUGAAGAGUAUAGAAGGCGGAUUCGAUGAAUAUAGGAAAAUUGUAGAACAAGAAUUGGAGGCGGCGGCCAAGUGAACGUGCCUAGCACCACCUAGGUGGUGAACAUUUGUACCAUGUAUUAACCUAAUGUAAUUUAUUACAUGCAUGCAUUCGCAACCUCAACUCUCAGAAUAUGUGUAAAGUAUAUAAAGUUGGGUGGAACAAAGGAACUAAACAAUUGAAAAAAAAAACAA